UGAUCAUAUUCCCAGAGAAUUACAAUUCUGUUCUUGAUCUUCAGCUGGAAACAGACUGUCACAUCAUGCAGCUGUUUAUUUUAUCAAGACUGUCAGAUUGGUGAUGGCCACUAAUAGAGUCUCCUUUCACUCUGGUAUGGGAGAUGGUUAGCUUUCUAAUUAAGUGGGAUUAAGGGUCAUGAAAAGUAAAUGAAUAUGAACAAAAGUAAAUUACAUUUAUAUGCUGUUUUCCUUGAUUUUUUGUAUAAGCAUCAUUCCAGCUUGUUUUUUAUUCAAGCCAUGUUCAGUUUGCAGGAAGGUAUAAGAAGUCAAUUGAGUAAUUGCAGUCAGACUCUGAAAAAGCUACAGACAGAUCCUUCAGAAUGGGAUAAGAUUCCCUGAAAAUUAGGUGCAGAGAUGUUCUAAAAGUGAAAUUCCUUUAUCUUACAUAGGUCAUUUCCUCUUGUGGAAGGCAGAUCCUUCCCAUCUACCAAAUUCUAAUAGAGAAAUGACAAAAUACUUUGUUUCCUAAUAUAAUUGCAAAGAAGUUUUGAAAGAAAACAUCAAUAAGCUUUGAAGUACAAGCUGGGAUCGCCAGUGACCAUCCCUGAGUUACACCUUGAAAGUUCAGUAGUCAAAGGAUGGCUUGUUGGAAUGUUGCAUAAGUCACUUGGCUUACCCAUCACAGAUGAACAAAUAAAGGAAAUGGAAGCAAAUCUAGACAACAUAGACUUCAAGAUGGCAGCAGAAGAGGAAAAGCAUUUGCGUCAUGAUGUAAUGGCCCAUGUACAUACAUUUGCUCACUGCUGUCCAAAAGCUGCAGGAAUAAUUCAUCUUGGAGCAACGUCCUGCUAUGUGGGGGAUAAUACGGACUUGAUAGUUCUUCGGGAUGGAUUCAAUUUGCUUCUUCCUAAGCUUGCUAGAGUGAUCCGCCGCCUGGCAGACUUUGCUGAGAAGUAUGCCAAUUUGCCUACCUUGGGCUUCACUCACUACCAGCCUGCACAACUAACCACUGUGGGUAAACGAUGUUGCUUGUGGAUCCAGGAUCUCUGUACAGACCUCCACAAUUUUGAACGUGUACGAGAUGAAUUGAGAUUUCGUGGUGUGAAAGGUACAACUGGCACCCAGGCAAGCUUCUUGCAGCUCUUUGGAGGAGAUCAUGAUAAAGUGGAGGAGCUGGACAGGCUGGUGACUACAAUGGCAGGAUUUAAGCGGACUUAUAUUGUAACAGGACAGACAUACAGUCGCAAAGUGGACAUUGAAGUCUUGUCUGUUCUGGCAAGUCUAGGAGCAUCUAUACAUAAGAUAUGUACUGAUAUUCGCCUUCUGGCUAACCUCAAGGAAAUAGAAGAACCUUUUGAGAAAGAACAAAUUGGUUCAAGUGCCAUGGCUUAUAAACGCAAUCCCAUGCGUUCCGAGCGUUGUUGCAGUUUAGCUCGCCACCUUAUGGUUCUGGUCCUGGAUCCCCUUCAGACAGCUUCUGUGCAGUGGUUUGAGCGUACCCUGGAUGAUAGUGCAAACCGGCGUGUGUGUUUAGCUGAGGCCUUCCUCACUGCUGACAUAAUACUCAGCACCUUGCAAAAUAUCUCUGAAGGUCUUGUUGUGUACCCCAAGGUAAUCGCAAGACGUAUACAACAGGAGUUGCCUUUCAUGUCCACAGAAAAUAUUAUCAUGGCUAUGGUAAAAGCUGGAGGCAAUCGCCAGGAUUGUCAUGAGAAAAUACGGGUACUGUCUCAACAAGCAGCUGCUGUUGUGAAGCAAGAAGGGGGUGAUAAUGAUCUCAUUGAACGUAUUCGUGCCGAUCCCUAUUUCAGUCCUAUCCAUGGGCAGCUGGAAACUCUCUUAGAUCCCACAUCAUUUACUGGCCGUGCACCUCAACAGGUGGCAAGAUUCUUGAAAGAAGAAGUCCACCCAGUGCUUACCCCUUAUCAGAGCAAGAUGGGUGUAAAAAUGGAACUGUCUAUUUGAAUUGGUGUUUUCAUUUAGGUAUGGGCAGAAAAGAUAAUAAACAGUUUCAAAAUACCUA